CUCAGUCCCACUUUGUUCCCCCUCUCCAAACCAAAGGUGUUCUUCUUUCUCUCUCUCUCUCGUCUUCUUUAGAGUUUGCACUUCGAUUCUCGUCGCUGAUAAUCUCUCCGGAAAUUUACAAAUUCCCUGCCGGAAAAUGAAGAUUCCGGCCGUCUGUUUUUCCUUGGCUGGCCGGAAUGUCCGUAUCUCCCUCGCCGUCAUGUCUUCCGUGAACCCUGCUUUAACCGUUUGUGGAAACCUAAGCAAGAAGCCACUUUCUUUGGCAGGUUCUUGAAGUUAUUCCAUACUUAUUUCUCUAAUCCGAAGCAAUAAGUAUAAUAAUCGGAGAGGAAGGUAUCAAUUUCAUUCCGGAGUUUCGAAUUUUGGUGGAUUAAUCUGUUUAGGAGCUUCUUCUUUUCUUCAUCACUUCUUUGUUCGUGGAGUUGAUCGGAUUUUGAAUUUUUGUUAUGCUCUAAUCUUUUCUGGUCCGAUGAAAAUGUUUUUCUUAUGAGAGGGGGAUGAUCGCGGAUAUCAACGAGAAUUUUGGUCCUUCUGUUGUUGAUGUAUCAGUAAUGGCUCCGUCUUUUAUGUCUCUGGAUUAGAUCUUUCUUAGCUUAAAAUAGUUGGUAGAUGUCUAGGAAUCUCCCCCGCUGGUUCAAUUCAACAAGCCCAUGUGUUCGCUUUCCCGAUUUCAGUGCUUUCUACUUUUGGUAAUUUUCGGAGUUGAAGGUGCCAAGGACAUCUAAGAGGCAUGAUACUUGGUAGUAAAGACCUAGUUGCCCUGGAUAAGUCCUUGUUGAUUCCUCAAAUUCCUGGUUUGGCGUUUUGAUCAUCUACUGCGAUUGUCAGAUUGGUUUCAAUGGAGUAGUAGGUGUAGCACUGACAGCGAAAUUGACUUUGAUUCCAAGUCGCCGAGAGAUGGAGAACAGAGCUUGAACGUCUGAAAUUGCCAUUCAUCCUUUGAUCUUGCUAACCAUGCCUUUUCCAAUGAAGAUCCAGCCGAUUGAUUCUUAUUCCUUGGAAGGACUGGUUCGGAACGAUCCGGUUAAGCCCGUCGUAAAAUCGCGACUCAAGAGACUCUUAGAGCGACAGUUUCCAAGCGUUUUGAGGAUUUCAUCGGCCGACAAGCCCAUCGUCGGUGAGCCUCAGUACAUCAAAGAUGGCAGUAACGAUUGGGAGCCGAGUUCUGUGUGCUUGGCAAAAAUGGUACAAAAUUUCAUCGAGGAGAGUAAUGACAAGCAGCCAGCGUCAGCUGCAAAAUGCGGACGGAAUCGCUGCAAUUGCUUCAACGGCAACUGUUCCGACAGCUCCGACGAUGAAUUCGACUUCUUCAAUGGCUUCGGGGAGUCGGUGGCGGCAGCCUCAUCUGGUGAAGCUUGCGAAAUGCUCAAGAGCUUGGUUCCUUGUGCGAGCAUUACGGAGAGGAAUUUAUUAGCUGAUACUGCAAAAAUUGUGGACAAGAACAAGAGCUGCAAGCACAAGGACGAGUGUAGAAAAUUCGUCACUGAUGGACUCAUAGCUCUUGGAUAUGACGCUUCAAUCUGCAAAUCAUGUUGGGAUAAAUCCCAUUCGUAUCCUGCAGGAGAAUACGAAUACAUCGAUGUGAUCGUUCAAGGAGACCGACUGUUAAUUGAUGUGGAUUUCCGGUCAGAAUUCGAGAUUGCUCGGUCGACCAAAAAUUACAAAUCGGUUCUGCAAGCUCUACCUGCAAUCUUCGUCGGCAAACCCGAUCGUCUUCAACAGAUCGUCUCCGUCGUAUCAGAUGCUGCGAAACAGAGCCUUAAGAAGAAGGGGAUGGACUUCCCGCCGUGGAGGAAAGCCGAGUAUAUGAGAGCGAAAUGGCUCUCUCCUCACACUAGAACAUCAGUAGGCAAACCAACAGAAGCAAAAACUGAGUCAGAAACCGAGAAAAAGCCGAGUGUGAUUACAACAAAGAAUUUCUCGGGCGAAUUUGAGCUGAUUUUUGGGGAAAAGACCUCGCCGUCGUCGGUGACUGAAUCCGGCGAGGAUAGUUCUUUUCUUAGUGGUAUCUGCGACGACGAAGACAAAAUUAAAGUUGUGGUGUCGGAGUGGAUGCCGCCGGCGAUCAAACCGAAGAGUUCCCGUGGAGGCGGCAAAAUUGUCACCGGUUUAGCUUCCGUCCUCAAAGAAAAACCAUGAAUUUUUUUUUUUUUUUUUUGGUCCUUUUUCACCCCGAGAAUCAAAAUUUCCUAUCAUGUAACCUUUUGAUCCCCACCUCCCACCCCAAAACCCCUUUUUUUCAAGGGUCUGUAAGAAGUAAAGCCUGUAACCAACUACUGAUAUAAAUCAUACAAUAAUAAUAGUAAUAAAAAUAACAAAAUUAUUAUAGUA